UCAUCGCUCGUGCUUAUCUUAAAAAUGGCAGCAGCUGAUAGUGAGAAAGUGGAAGGAACGAUGACCAGUCCGGCUGAAGAAAAACCCUCAAAGGAAUCAUUAAGUCAGGUGGUGGACAGUGAAAGUAAAGAUGACGUAGAUCUCGAUCAGUUAUUGGACAGUGCCUUGAGUGAUUUUGACAAACCAUUGCAACCAGCUUCCUUAGAAGAACCAGAUGUUGCUAAAUCAAGUCCAGGGCUUAAUAUUCUAACUACAUCCAAAGAACAGGGCGGUGAAAAGAAGACGGAAAGUGAUGGAGCAAAGAAGGCAGAGAAACAGACAAAAGAGGGACCCCAACUUCCACCAAGCCAAGAUGCGCUCUUUGAAGCGCUCUUCAACGACAGUCCAGCGGGUCAGCAGUCUGCUGCGGAGUUUGAGAACGUCCUCUCGGGGCUGAUGGCGGAGCUUGGUCAGGGAUUUGGAGGUGAUCCUCAGAUGGCCUCGGAGAUGCAGAAGAUGUUUGAGACGAUGGCUGCAGGAGCUGGUGCCAUGCCUAACCCUGCAGGGGCUCCAUCAGGAACUCCUGCACCUGCUGCUCGUGAUACAAGUGAUUCCAACACAACUCAAAACCCAGAAGAUGUGACUUCAACUCUUGCAGAUACUCUUAACAGAUUAGCACAGAAUGCAAAGGACCUACAGGAUGGGCAAGUACCUGAUGAAGAAUUAUUAAGAUCGUUUGGAGGUAUGAACCUAGAAGGAGGCAAUGCUGAACUUCUACCGAUGGUCCAGACUAUGAUGCAGAGCCUUCUCUCUAAAGAUAUUCUCUAUCCAUCAUUAAAAGAAGUAGUAGAUAAGUACCAAGGGUGGUUAGAUGAAAAGGAACCAACGCUGAAUAGUGAAGAUCACCAGAGAUACAGUGAGCAACAUAGAUUAAUGUCACAGCUUUGUGUGGAGUAUGAAGCAGAACAAGACACAGAUAGCAGUUCAGUCAAACAGGAGAGGAUGGCCAGGAUAAUGGACCUUAUUCAAAAGAUGGAAAGCCUAGGACAGCCACCUGCUGAGAUUGUUGGAGAUAUGAAUGUUGGUAUGCCCUUUGAUGAGAAUGGUCUACCCCGGAUACCAGGAUUGCCCCAGGGGGAUCAGUGCAGUAUUAUGUAAUCAGUCAUCCAAUUGAACACCUGAAAAUUGACUGGAAAAUAGUGAUACAGCUCCUUUCAACGAUGAUUUUAGCAUCUGAGGAUGGUCAACAGUCAUUUGAACACUUGAAAUCGACUGAAGAAUAAUGAUACAGCUCUGUUCCAUGAUGAUUAUAGCAUCUGAGCAUGGGGACCAGUAAUUGGAACUGUGAUUUGUGAACCAUUCUUGAUCAAGCAUUGCAUCAUGGGUACCCAGAAUGCCACAGCUUAUCAAUAUACACAUGGGCAGCGGAAUGAUGUUGAAAGUGGGGCGGGGGCUAAACCAAAAGUUGAGCCCCCAUGUUCCACUGCCCCUAAUGCAGUCAAGUCUGCACAAUCAACCAUCCUGUAGUCAAAUAGUGUUGGAAGUCAAAGCAAUUAUUCAGAACGGACUCAGAGGAGCGUUUCUUCAACUUCUUUCGUCCAACAUCUUCCUUGGUUUUGAUUGGAUGAGAAGCACCAUUACUAUGGCGACUGUCGGCAUAAAUAGAAUUUGUUGGAUAAAUGAUCCAACAAGUCCUUCUGUUAAGUCAACGCUCCUUAGGAGUAUGGUAUGUUUCACAACGAUUUAAGUGUGAUUUUUAUGCUGUGAUUGAGUGCCAAUGCGUACAUGAAAUAUAACGUUCGAUCUCAUUUAUGAAUACGCGGUUAACGUGCGUCCGCUGAGCAUGAAGUGUCCAAUGUGGUGAUGGACUGUACACCAUUCGCUAUCGACAAUUAAAUUGAUUUUAAGUCACACUUAAAUCUUUGUGAUACACCAGCUUUAUUAAUUUAAAGAUGCAUUAUUCACCGCAUCUAAAGCAGGGAUGCAGUCUCGGCCAGCCUCAAGGCCACUUUUUGCCGGCCUCGUCCCUAGUCACAUGUUCUGAUUGUAUGGGAGAAGGAUUUCUCCAGCGUGACUCUGAAGGAAUGGUCUGGACUACAUCCUAGUUUCUAAGUCAAAUUUUCCUCCAAGUUGGACUUAUUUCUGUACGGUGCCAAAAGGUUUGACUUGACUGGAGUUUAGCUGUAAAUGCAAGUAAUAACUUGCAAAAAAUCGGCACUGUUCAUUAUUGUCUUAUGGAGUAUCGCAUUUCAAUCUUGUGGGAUCGUAUGGACUAAUAUAAGAUGUAAAAAUACUGCUUUCAAUUUCUAAUUUUAGUCAUUCAUAUAUUACACCUUUGCUCAACUUGUUACCAAUCACAGAUGUUGAACAUUUAUGACAGAUUUGAUUUUAGCCAACGAGACUGUCUUCUUGAUAGCUUAUAACAUUUAUAAGCUUUUUAAAAUUAAUGAAAUUUGAAAAACUUUUCAAAUUUCAUGAAACUUUGUGAAAACAAGGGUCUGGAAUUCUGAAAGAUUCUCUGAGAAAUGAAUCCUUUGAAGUUUUGGGAUUACUGUUGAGCUAAUUGCAGUGCAUGCAAAUGGCCAAAUGCUUCAAAUGAGGAGCACGGCUUUCUUAAAUUUUUUACCAGCUCUAGAUUAAAUCAGUCUUUUUCCCUUAGAUUGGCAAUAAUUGAUUCUUUGAAAAAAAAAUCAAUUGUUUAAUAUCAGUCAAAAUGUCUGAUAGUAGCUAAAUUUCAAUUUAAGAUGCUGUUUUUAUCAUGUUGCCAAUUUAGUGUGUGCAAUGAUUAGCUUAUAAUCAUCAAAAACAAAAUUUAUUCAAGAGCGGGAUCACAUCCUGCACUCGAAAUGGUAAUCUGUGCAUUUUGUGUUUCUAAUCAUAUUCCAUGCAUAAUUGCUGGCAUUCAGGAUAAUGAGUCACCGUAACUCUGUGUAAAUGGCACAUUGAUUGACACGAAAUGAAUGAAUAGACCCUAUUAAUUGUAUGUGGGUGAAAAUGAUUAUUCCUUGUACAUUGAUAAAGAUAGAAUGAUAUAGAAAGGGAAGUUGUGAAUGAUGGAACGAAAGAGAGUGGGAAAAAUGAUGAUUAGAAAUGUAUAUCGCACAAAGUAGAUUUGAUUUUGAAAUAUUGAUAUUUUGAGAAAGGGCCAGAGAGAAAGAGAGAGAUAGAGUGCCGGGAGAUGGAGAAAGAGAGAGAGAGAGAUGGAGAAAAUGAGAAAGAGAAAUAGAGCAUGCUGUUGAAAUGUCCACCACUCAAAAGCAAUCUCACCUACUUGACCAGCAUUAAUAUACCUACUGACAAAGAGAAGAAAAUAAAAACAACUUGUUUUUCAUCCUGUGGAUGAACAUUUCAUCAAGAAUUUUGUCCAACAAGUUGUCAGAUCUGACAAUUUUCCUUGAUUCUGAUUGGCUGAGGAGGGCUGUGACUAUGGUAAACGUCAGAUAAAACGGGACUUGUCAGAUUAAACGUCCAAGUCCUUUCAUGAAAAUUUCCCCUGAACCAACUUGGCUAGAUUUUCUGACCACUGCUAAAAAAAUUCCUUGUGAUGACACUGGUACAGAAAAGAGUAUACAGUAGAUGGCAAAAUUUCCCGAAAGGUAAGGUUCAUGCAGAUGUACUUUGACAAGUUUUCCUUGCUAACUUGCUUAAAUUCUCUUGUACUGAGGUGGCAUUUCUAUUUCUUUCCCUUUUUACUUUCCUACUGGUGAAUUGUUUUUUAUUUUCAUCUCCUUUCUUUCUGUUAUUCUUUUCAUAUCACUAAAUUAUGGUUCUGAUUGUAUAUUAGGCCUAUGAUGUAUACAUUUGUAUAAUGGAAUAAAUUUAUUUUAUUGAAAUUACAAAAUCACUGAUGUAUACUUAUGUCAACGUUUUAUGAAAAUUGCAGAAGAAGAUGAUAAUGAAAACAGAAGAAGG